GUUAAAUGAUAAAUGUUUGUGCAGCCCUUCGCGCAGCACGAUGGGGAGUCGGUGGGGAGACUGUCCUCCCCGAGCUCUCUCGUAGGAGAAUCUAGACGCUCCAUGAUCUCUCAGCAUGCCUACCUGGACGAACCGGUCUAACUGUUCCUUCAACUGCAGUUGGGAUGAGAACGCGACAUACUGGGGAUUCGAGCACCCGGUCAACAUCUUCCCCGUCCCAGUGCUAACCGGGGUCACCGUCACCUGCGUGCUCUUCUUCUUUGUUGGUGUAACGGGGAAUCUCAUGACCAUUUUGGUUGUGACCAAAUACAAGGACAUGCGAACCACCACCAACUUGUACCUGUCCAGCAUGGCCUUUUCGGAUUUAUUCAUUUUUCUCUGCAUGCCCCUGGACUUGUACAGAAUCUGGAGGUACCGACCUUGGAAUCUCGGCAACAUACUUUGUAAACUCUUUCAGUUUGUGAGCGAGUGUUGCACUUACUCGACCAUUCUGAGCAUCACUGCUCUCAGUGUGGAGAGAUACUUUGCUAUUUGUUUUCCUCUUAGGGCAAAGGUAGUCGUGACCAGGGGUCGCGUGCGCGGGGUCAUUUUGGUCCUCUGGAUAGUAUCCUUCUUUAGUGCAGGACCUGUAUUUGUGCUAGUCGGGGUUGAGCACGAAAACGGGACAAACUCGUGGGAUACUAACGAAUGCAAAGCGACGGAAUAUGCCAUUAAGUCUGGGCUCUUAACAAUUAUGGUUUGGGUCUCCAGCAUCUUUUUCUUUUUGCCUGUGUUCUGCUUAACUGUUCUGUAUAGUCUCAUCGGGCGAAAGCUCUGGAAGAGAAAGAGGGAGACUGGGCAAAACGCUUCGAGUCGGGAAAAAAACAAUAGACAGACAGUGAAAAUGCUGGCUGUGGUGGUGUUUGCCUUCGUGCUCUGCUGGCUUCCCUUUCAUGUUGGACGUUACCUGAUCUCCAAAUCCACAGAGAUGGGCUCUCCUGUCAUGUCUGUCAUCAGUCAGUACUGUAAUCUCAUCUCCUUUGUACUCUUUUACCUGAGUGCAGCAAUCAACCCUAUUCUGUACAACAUCAUGUCCAAGAAAUACAGGAUGGCAGCUUGCAAACUUUUCGUACUGCAUCAUACCCCACGAAUAAGCACAUCAGCGGUCAAAGGAGAGAGUUCCCCGUGCUGGACAGAAUCCACUGCCAGCCUGUAACUGUGAAAGACUGUCAUCACCAUGAACAGCCAUUUCAGAACUCAGCUACUGCUGCCACCAUGUUUGAAAGAUGAUCUAGUUCUCUAAUUAGACUUAAGAUCCUCAUCCAUAUCUCAUACAUUUUCUGACAGAUCAGGGAGUAGUUUGGAAAAAUUCAAUUCUUUAACAGCCAUUCGUCCAUCCAAGCUCAACAUUUCAUUAGAUGCCUUGAUGUUUUAUAAAAAAUAGAGAGAUAAAAAGGGAGAGGAUAAAAAGAUAACUUCAGCUGUCUUAAACCUAAAUGAAAUCUGGAAGACAAAAUGAUCACUGUAGAUACAGCAACCUUUUGAACCUGAUGACAGGGACUGCAGAGGUGAUGCCAUUCAUUUGCAUUGUGCCUGAAUGCAUGUCAUGCUCCCUUAGCAAGUGUUUUCUCUUUUUUUAUGUCUUGUGUUAAUAAACCUCUACUACAGAACUGAAGCAAUACAGAGAAUUCAAAAACUUUGAAGAAAUUUAAUUAAAAACAUAGAAACUUAAGUCAAAAUGCAUUCGUCCGUUUAAGUACUCAAACAUCAUAAAAGCUGGCUUUUUUGUUCUCAGUGUUUCAUGUGCUAAACUAUAGGUACCAAAUUAGCCAGUUAUACAAAAGUUUAAUUUAAAACCACUGCAAUAAAUGUCUGUAACAGUAUAUUUGUAUGUUAACAGGUCC